AUGCGUAAAAAAAAAGUAAUUAAACCUCACGAAAUCAAGCCUGACCCAAAAUUCGCUUCGGUUAUCGUUAGUCGCCUGACUAAUAAGAUAAUGAAAGAUGGAAAAAAAAGGAAAGCCCGAGCAAUUGUUUACAAAGCCGCGGUAAUUGUGGAAAAAAAAACUUCUUUGCUCUUUCUAUCUGUUUUAGAAGGAGCCUUGGCGAAUGUUAGGCCAGCCAUUGAAAUGAAAAGCCGCCGAAUGGGUGCUUCGAAACAACGGGUUCCUAAAGAAAUCAAUGAGGCUCGGUCAAUGAAAAUAGCCUUGCGGUGGAUAGUCAAGGGAGCCGAAGAAAAAAAAUCUACUAAUCCGAUGUAUGAAAAUUUGGCGGAGGAAAUCAGUAAUGCUUAUAAUAAGUCCGGGGAAGCUUUCAAGAAAAAAGAAAAUCUCUACAAAGAAGCCGAAUCAGAAAAAAAUAAUCAGUGGUAUAUCCUGUCGGUACGAGGUGGACGGGAAGAGAAAGUUAUUGAAAAAAUUAAAUCAGAAUUAGAGAAAAAAGGUUGGAGUAAUUGUAUUCGUGAGUUUAAAGUGGUUAGUGAUAACCACAAAAAAAAUAUUUUAAAAGGUUAUAUUCUUUGUCAUGGCUACUUGACUUCGGAAUUAAUCCGUUUUUUUUACCAAAUACCAGAAGUAAUUGGUUUUCUAAACCACCAGCGGGGUGAUGACAAAUUGCCCGACCCUGUUUCCGAAAGGGUAGUUAAAGACUUCUUAACCAAGAUGAAAGAAAAAAAAGAAAUUAAAACCAACCAUUAUGAGAAAGUUGAUUUAAAUAUUGGCGACUUAGUGAAAAUUACUUCCGGAACCUUUAUUAAUCGAGAGGGGCGAAUUGCUCAACUUGACAAAAAAAAACAGAAGGCUAAAAUUGUCAUUGAGUCCUCCGG